ACAAGCUUUUCUCAAAUCACCGCUAAUAUCUCUCCCACUGUGCAAUGAUUACUUAAUAAGUUCCGCAACAUAUUCGUAACGUUACUCUACAAACGUUUUUGCGAAGCACGCUACGGUUUUUUUUAUCGUCUAAUGCAAGCGUGUUUUUGCUUUAGAUCCGUUGAAAAUGAUUUAAAAUAAAGUUCUACUGAAGUAAUAAAAAGAAGAAAUACCAUAAUAUAUUUCCACGCCAAACUUGAUUUCAUUAUUUAAAAAAAGUGGUUUGUCGAACUCAAAGCCAUUUUAAAAGUCGCCAUAUAUUUAAAUACAGUUUUGUAAAUAAACUUACAACGCGAUUUACUCAUUUCAUUUGCUGUUCAUCUCUGCUUAGAGCAGGUUCACAUUGGAGCUGAGAUAUUGAAAACUUUAAAGUUCUGCAAGCAAUGACUAAGUUGUAUAUAUUAAUCGCAGCUGUCUGUUUUUUAUAUAAAACUGUGUGUAGCACCGUACUGCCUAGUGAUAUUGUAAAAUGCCACUUUGGAGAUUCACCUUGUAUUAUAAAAAGCAUUAAUGAUGUAAUCAGAAAAUAUCCCAAAGGCAUACCGGAGAUUGGUUUGCCGCCAUUGGAUGCAACGGAACUGGAAGAUGUUUCUGUGUUGGAUUCACCAUACCGCGGUCCGAUCUGGCUAACUUUUCACAUGAGAGAUAAUGUUAACAAGGGCUUCAACAAUGCAACAGUUACCCACAUUGAGGGUUUCAAUCGAGAUCCAACAAUAGAACCAAUCGUGAUAAAAGCUCGCAUUCCGCGACUUGUGCACGAAGCAACCUACGAUAUGCAAGGACAGUGGCUAAUACUGAAAGCAAACACAACCGGAAAACUGCAAUCUGAUUUUCAGAACAUUCACUUUACUCUAAAGAUCAAGAUCAUACUGGAAUAUCGCAACAAUAAGCGAUAUCUUAAAGUGUAUGAACUCGUACCCGUAGUCACGUUGGAUCGAUGGAUUAUUUGGAUGAAUGAUUUAUAUAAAGAAAAUACCGACUUAACAAUAGCUGUAAAUCGGUCAUUCAAUAAAAAUUGGGUGGAAUUUUGGAACGGUGUUGAGCCGGGACUACUGAAGGCAUUUUCGUUGGCAUUUACUGGUAUUCUCAACAAGGUACUGGAGAAUGUCGCCUAUGACGAUAUGUUUCUACCCGAUUUCAAUAGAACGAAUGGGUCAUUAUAAAGUUAGUGAAUCGAUUAGUUCAUAAUUAACGUUAAUUAAUUUAUUUAAAUUUAUCGAAAAUUCGUAUAAAUUGGAAUACCGAUAUCAAUUUUUAUUGUUAACGAUAAAGCAUUAGGACUAGAAAAGUUGCAGUCCUUACAUCUUGUAAUUCCUGCUGCUUUUAAUAAACUCAAUCUAAUUGAAUUAUGUUAUCCACUAAUCUAACAAAAUAAUCGAUUUAAUUAGCGCCUAAUCUAAACAUCACCAAUCCUGCAUUAGGCCAAGUUUACCAAGCAAUACGUCAGUACUGACAGUAAAUUAACGUGGCUUGCAAAUCGACGUUGCAUGCAAUAGACACAUCAGACGUCGUCAAGUGGGGCAAAUUUCGACACUCAACUCACACCCAUACAUUUUUGAGUG